AUGUCACACAAAGCCCAUGAUAUCAGCCUUGAGCAUCUGUUGGUGAGCAAACCCUUGUUGUAUCAUACCAAGAGGAGCAGACUCUUAUAUAUUGAGAAAAAGAUCACAGGGGUUACUGGCUACAUUGGAUUCAAGACGCUCACAAUUGCCCUUGAACGAGCAUACCGUGUUCGGGCUGUCGUCCGAAGCGAGCGCGAUAUCAAUGAUUUGAGAAAUAGAAGUACACGAAUUGCACAGAGUCUUGACCAAGAACAACUUCAAUUUGUCGUUAUUCCAAACUUUCUCGAAUCGGAUGCAAUUUUCAAGGUCCUUGAAGGGAUUACUGUCAUAAUUCACCUUGCAUCGCCGUUAGCGAUUGAGACCGAUGAUUAUGAUGUUGGGAUCGUGAAACCCGCUAUAUCGAUGGUGACAACUGUUCUAGAAGCAGCGAAUCGCGUCACAUCAAUCCGUCGCGUAAUCUUGACAUCCCCAUGCGUGACUCUUAUUCCAUUUGAAUGGAAUAUCAAUCCGGACAGCCAACGACUAUAUACAGUGGAUGAUGUAAAUAACAGCGUUACUGGCCCUUUCUCGACUGCAAUGGAAGCGUAUUGGGCAUCCAAAGCGCUCGCAAGACUCGCGACCAAAGCAUUUGUCAAUCAUGCGCGUCCAAAAUACGAUUUCAUCAACCUCCUACCCUCCGUGGUUAUCGGCCCUGAUGAUCGCCUGGACGCAGACCCAACGGCAAAGGCCGAAAGCCUUCUUCGAGGCACGCGGGCAGCGGUUCUAGCACCCGCCCUGACAGCCUCUCUCAACUCCUCGUUUCCAUAUGUUGGAACGCCGGUCAAUGUUGCUGAUGUCGCGCGUGCACAUGUCGAUUCAGUAGACGCUGGUUUGGUUCCUGGAAAUUCUGAAUAUAUCCUUUCUUCUGAUACACCUGAUGGGGUAGUAUGGGACAGGGAUGUCCAAUGUUGCUGCAGGAAAUUCUUUCCAGAAGCGGUGGUCAAUAAACGACUGCCGCUUGAAGGGUCUUUGACGGCAAUAAAAUGGAGGCUGAAUGCCCGACAUACAGAGGAAACAUUUGGUUGGCAGUUUACCGGGUUUGAGGAGACGGUGAGGCAGCUUCUUUCGCAGUACCUGCGCCUCGAAGAAAGGUCUUCAAAGCAAUCUUAA